UUUAGUAUUACUACUACUAGUAGUAGUAGUGGUCAUCAGUGGCCAGAUUGGUGUUUCGGUAGAUGCGGACAAACAGUUUGCCAAAGAUAUGCUAGAUUUCAGAUCUGACCAAAUAUAUAGCGGUUGCGGUUCAUUGCCCCGGUCGUGGAUAUUGGGCGGCAAAAAAACCGAUCCCGGCAAAUACAUAUGGAUGGCCGCCAUCAUGGACAGCGGGCACGGCUACCUGCCCUGGUGUGGCGGUUCACUAGUGUCCGAUCAGUUUAUAGUGACGGCUGCCCAUUGUUUUGAUUAUGGCUACCAACUGGCCAACCUGUCCGUCAAACUGGGUGCACAUACAUUCAAAUCCCGGGCAAACUAUCGGGAAAGUAGUGGUAGUGAGCAUCGGGUCGUCCAAGUGAUCAGACAUCCAGCGUACGAUAGCCUAAGCAAACAAAACGAUAUAGCAUUGGUUAAGCUUCAGGAGCCGAUCGGUAAGUUUACCAGAAAUUUGUUACCCAUAUGUUUGCCGGCUGCCAGACAACUGUCACACCAGAAACUAGAGGGACAGUUAGCUCGCGUGUUGGGUUGGGGUCUGACUAAGGAUCCGGUCGACAAAACGGCCAAACAAAGCGAUGUCCUACUCGAAGUGGACAUACAGGUGUGGAAUAAUACCGAUUGUCGGUCGGAAAUUGAAGCGUUUACCGAUGAAAUUGCUAUCAGGCCGUCAAUGAUGUGCGCCGGUGGCCACCCGAUGGGUAAUCGCGAUGCCUGUCAACACGAUUCGGGCGGUCCGCUGAUGACUGUCUACAACGAUCACGUAGUCCUGAGCGGUAUAGUUAUGGCCGGUGUUGGUUGCGGUCUGCCCCGUAUGCCCGGUAUCUAUACACGUGUUAGCUAUCAUCUAGAUUGGCUCCGGGAGACAGUUAUGGCCGCUUCGGAUAGCAAAUUGGUUAAGUCAAGCACCAUAUUACUGGUGGCCAGUGUCCAGUCCAAUAGUCGGCCAGAGACUACCGAUGAUGACCAGAUCGGUGACGAUAUGGACGAGUUUAGGUCCCAUCAAUUGUACGCCGAGUGCGGCCGAGUACUAAAAUUGCGGAUAUUGGGCGGCAAAUCAACCGAACCGGGCAAAAACCCGUGGAUGGCCGCCAUCAUGGACCGGGUGCAGCACGGUUACCUGCCCUGGUGUGGCGGUUCGCUAGUGUCCGAUCAGUUUAUAGUAACGGCUGCCCAUUGUUUUGAUUAUGGCUACAAACUGGCCAACCUAUCCGUCAAACUGGGUGCACAUACAUUCAAAUCCGAGGCAAACUAUCGGGAAAGUGGUUGUAGUGAUCAUCGGGUCGGCCAAGUGAUCCUGCAUCCCGAUUAUGAUAGCCUUAGCAAACAAAACGAUAUAGCAUUGGUUAAGCUUCAGGAGCCGAUCGGUAAGUUUACCAGAAAUUUGUUACCCAUAUGUUUGCCGGCUGCCAGACAACUGUCACACCAGAAACUAGAGGGACAGUUAGCUCGCGUGUUGGGUUGGGGUCUGACUAAGGAUCCGGUCGACAAAACGGCCAAACAAAGCGAUGUCCUACUCGAAGUGGACAUACAGGUGUGGAAUAAUACCGAUUGUCGGUCGGAAAUUGAAGCGUUUACCGAUGAAAUCGCUAUCAGGCCGUCAAUGAUGUGCGCCGGCGGCCAUCCGAUGGGCAAUCGCGAUGCCUGUCAACACGAUUCGGGCGGUCCGCUGAUGACUGUCUACCAUAAACAUAUGGUCCUAAGCGGUAUAGUAAUGGCCGGUAUUGGUUGCGGUCUGCCCCGUAUGCCCGGUGUCUAUACAAGUGUCAGCUAUCAUCUAGAUUGGCUCCGGGAGACAGUUAUGGCCGCGUCGGAUAGCAAACUGAUUUUGAAUGACAAUUAA